ACACCAUCCUAGGGAUCUGCAAGACAGACAAGAUGCUUCCCCGUAUAACCAUCACCAUCAUGUCCUGGAUGCUGCUCUCCUGCCUGAUGCUCCUUUCUCAGGUGCAAGGUGAAGUUGCCAAGAAAGAUGCCCCAUCUUCACGUAGCAGCUGCCCCAAGGGCUCCCGUGCCUAUGGCUCCUAUUGCUAUGCCUUGUUUAGUGUAUCUAAAAACUGGUAUGAUGCAGAUAUGGCCUGCCAAAAGAGGCCCUCAGGACAUCUUGUGUCUGUGCUCAGUGGCGCUGAAGCUUCCUUCCUGUCCUCCAUGAUCAAAAGCAGUGGUAACAGUGGCCAAUAUGUAUGGAUUGGGCUCCAUGACCCGACACUGGGCUAUGAACCCAACAGAGGUGGAUGGGAGUGGAGCAAUGCUGAUGUGAUGAAUUACAUCAACUGGGAGACGAAUCCUUCCUCUUCCUCAGGCAAUCACUGUGGUACCCUGUCAAGAGCCUCAGGAUUUCUGAAGUGGAGAGAGAAUUAUUGUAACUUAGAGUUACCCUAUGUCUGCAAAUUCAAGGCCUAGAGUACAGAAUUGACAUCAUGGGUUGAUAUAUACCUAGCCACAAGCAAGAUCCCAAAUGUGAAGACAGAUGAAAAAGGGAACAUUCUCCCCACAAUCGAAAUCUGACCUCCUGAUUUUCUCCUUCUCUGGCCCUUCCCUCCUCUCAUUUGAGGAACUCUGUGUGCACUAUGGCCUUAAUUCUCAAAGCAUAAUAUUAAAGUAUAUAACUCAUGCUCA